AUGGGUGACAAUAUUGUAGCAAAGUCAAAGAAGGAAGAGACCGAGGAGGAACGUCGAGUUCGCAAGGAACGAGAGCGUGCAGAACGAAAAGCCAGAGAGCAAGCGGAGGCAAAGAAAGUUGUAACUGAUGAUCCUGAAAAAAAAGAAAGGAGACACAAGAGGGAUGAGACCGAGGAGGAACGUCGAGUUCGCAAGGAACGAGAGCGUGCAGAACGAAAAGCGAGAGAACAAGCGGAGGCAGAGAAAGUUGUAACUGAUGAUCCUGAAAAAAAAGAAAGGAGACACAAGAGGGAUGAGACGGAAGAGGAACGUCGAGUUCGAAAGGAACGAGAGCGUGCAGAACGAAAAGCGAGAGAACAAGUGGAGGCAGAGAAAGUUGUAACUGAUGAUCCUGAAAAAAAAGAAAGGAGACACAAGAGGGAUGAGACUGAGGAGGAACGUCGAGUUCGAAAGGAACGAGAGCGUGCAGAACGAAAGGCGAGAGAGGAGGAUGUUGCUGGAAGGGAACAACCACCACCACCACAACAACAACAACAACUACUACAACAACAGGAGCAGCAGCUCCCCAACGAUAGUGAUAGUAACAUCAACAAUGCCAGCAACAGUCAGUACAAGACGCAUGGCGAACGUGGGUCCUCUGACGGCUACGAGGGUGUUGAGGAGGAGGAGUCAGCGGUGGUGUCUGGCGGACGGCGGGAGGAUCUCGCGGCGGCGAUGGACGCGGAGAACAACGCGAUCCGGCGGGCCGCCGAUGGGGCGCGGGAGGCGGCUCGCCGCGAGGAGAGCCGCCGGGCGGAAGCGGAGAGUGAACGGCUGGCGGCGGAGCGGCGGGAGCGACGGCGGCGGGAAAGGGAAGAGCGGCGGCGCGGUAAAGAGAACGGAGUCGCGGAAGCAGUCAGUGCGGUGGCAGGAACAAGUUCGCUUGGCGUCGCUGAUUUGCAGCGUCAGGGGUAUCGUAGUCAGUUUGAGAAGGACAUGCAGCGAGCUACCGCACUACGGCGAUUGGUGGAUAUGGAUGAUAACGCCGCCGUUCUAGUGGAUAUCCCACCACAAUCGCAGUAUGACUUGUACAUUCGGAGUUUUGGAAAGAUGGGCCGCAAACAGGCUGGUGUGCAGAUCCCACCCGAGGAGGAUCGUAACGAUGCAGAAGUGCAGGUAGAGCGGGUACGGGUGCGGCAUCGUGGGGCUCAAGUGCCUCGUGACCUGGGAUUAUAUCCUGAACAAUAUAUAGAUCGUUCUACUUAUUUUACAAAGGAUGUGGAUCAUCUUGCUGUGGGAGAUGCUGUAGAUGAAAAAGAUAUUAAUACUAAUGAAGGUGCAUUAACAGAUACAACUGGAGCACAAAUUGUUGAUACUACCUUAUUAUUGAAUUUUUUGGGCCGUGUUUUUCCUGUGAUGCGGGCAGUUUUGGAUGAAAAUGAGGAGGAUAGAGCUGGACCAGAUGCUACAAAAUCAAAAAGUGAAACACAGUUUUCAACAUCUUAUACAACCCUUUGCUUCCCUGGUACUCGAAAUAGACCAGUCGUAAAGGUUGCCUUUAAUCCCUGUACACCAAUGUAUGUAGCUGUAUUAUAUGGACAAAAGAUGGAGGAAGGUCCAUCAAAGAGCCUAGAUUUUUAUUUAUCAGUUAUUUUAUUAUGGAAUAUAUUUGAUUCUUCAACACCAGAAAAAAUACUUGUAAGUCCAUCUCUUAUUACCUGCAUUUGUAUGAGUCCAAGACGGCCGUAUUUAGUGUAUGGAGGGGCUGAAGAUGGAUCAAUUUGUCUAUGGGAUUUACGUGAACCGGAGAGAAAUCAUACUGCAGCAGGACAUUAUGAACGUAAUGCAUUUCGACUUCCUUCAUUUGCUACUUCAUGGCUCUCUGGUAAUCAUACUACUUCUAUAGUUACUGUGGCAGUCUCUGGAUACAAUGCUGUAGUGGGUCUUCGCAAAGAUGAGACUGAACAGUUGGUUUCUCUUGAUGCUUCAGGUAAGAUACAUUUUUGGUUUUUGAAUGAAAAAGAUCAAUCAAAAGGUAUAAUUAGUGAUACCGAAAAUGGUUUACACAUGUUUUCAACAGUACGUUUGUUUUUAGCAACAUCUAAAAAUGAGGAUCAUACCUCUUGCAUGUCAGUAAUGCAAGACGCAUUUUCUCUUGAUUUUGUUCCUACCGAUACCUCUCACUACGUGGUUGCAUGUGCUGAGGGAGUUCGUCACAUUAGUCGAUUUGGUAGUGUAGCAGCACCUUCUCUCUAUGCCCCGUCUUCGCAUUUUUUUGGUCGUCAGAUCGCUGUCCCUUCUUGUGUACGAUACAGUACUGUUGAUAGUCGGAUUCUCUUAGUAGGCUAUGAUGAUGGUAGCUUACGUCUCUAUUUGCAAACAGAUGGUAGCCCACAGCUCUCUAUCCCAUUAGGUAUUCAUCGCAUCACAGAGAUUCGCUGUAGUGGGACAGACAAAUGGCUUUUAUGGGCUCUUGAUGCUAGUGGUACAUUGUAUUUGAUUGAUUUGGCGAAAAAAGACAAGGAAUUUCCAGUUUUUUCACAAACACUUUCUCAGCCAGAAACAGGUGUAUGUACGUGUUUUGACAUACCACCUGAAGGAAAAGCUGAGAGUCGUCUGAUUGUGCUCGGGUUUGAGAAGGGUAUAGUUCAGUUACACACUCUUAGUGAACGUACACAUCCACCGAGUUCUGACAGGGAUGAGCAUUGGUUGUAA